AUGUCGUCGCAUCUGUGGCUCCUAGUGGGCCUCCCUGUGGUGGCUUUGGCCGCUCUGCGUCCGGUGCAAUUAUACCAGAUGACACCAUUGUCGGCGGCUGCUAUGGACAUACUGGAGAAGCAAGUGAGUUCCACCCAAAGCACAUUGGGGGUGAUUGAGCUGAUUGCAGAGGACCAUGACCAUGGCCACGUCCAUCGAGACCACCGGCAGCAGGAGCUGCUCACCUCGAUCCUGCGGCGGACGGGCACCUCGAUGGCGCUGCGGCUGAACCAGGAGACCCCCAGCAUGCUACCAGCGUCCUAUGUCCUCAUCCUGGUCAACUCGGCGGAGGCGUUUCGAUCGCUCAGAGUUCAUUUUACAAAAGCGCCACAGAGGCAGGAGUUCAACUUCCUAAUUGUGCUGACGCGGCGCCUCGGCAGAAAGGCGGAGAGACUGGAGGCGAUGCGGGACAUAUUUUUAACCUGUGUGAAGCGGUUUCACACGAUGAAUGCCAUCAUUCUGACCCAGCGGAACGACGGAGUGGUGGUCACAUAUGGCUUUCGACUCUACAGCAGGGAUUGCAAGCUCACCCUGAGCUUGGACCUGCUCAACCGAUUCGAAAAUGGAUCGUUUCGUCACACGACGGGCCGAAUCUUCGACCGGGUCCUAGGCAGCCUCGGCGGAUGCCCGGUCAGCGUCAGUUGGUAUCCGGUUCCGCCUUUCGUCCACUUCUUGGGUGACAUGGAUGACCCCGAGGAGCGGAAAGAGGUGUGGCGGUUAACCGGUAUCGAUGGUGAGAUUAUCAAGGUCCUGUCCAAGGUCUUCAAUUUCAGCAUCAAGCUCAUGCCGCCGUGUAAAAAGCAACGGACCUGCAACGGGAGCUGCAGCAGCUGCUUCGACCAGCUAAAUAACGGCACCUCCUCGGUGCUGAUCGGAGCGAUGAGUGGCUCACACGCGAACAGAAGUCAGUUCACUACGACCGUAUCCUACCACCAGAGCUCUCUCGUGUUUGUGGUGAAUAUAAAAUCCCAGAUAGGGGCCGUAGCACAGCUGCUGGUGCCUUUCUCCUCGACUGUCUGGCUGGCUCUGGUCGUAAGCUGCAGCCUCGUUGUGUUUGUUUUUUGGCUGAAGCGUAGGCGCCGAAAUGGCGCCGAUAUUGCUGUCCAGUCACUGCUCGUGCUCACCACCCUGCUGGGAAAUCCACUGGAGACGUUCCAGCUGCCUACGACCAGUAGGCAGCGGAUGUUGUACUCCCUCUGGCUGUUCCUGGUGCUGGUGCUAAGGGUCGUCUACCAGGGCAAGUUGUAUGACUCGUUCCGCUCGCCGUACAACCCGCCCUUGCCCAGCAAAAUAUCCCAGCUGAUUGCCGAGAACUACACGCUGAUCAGCCAGGAGUACUACGACUACUAUCCGCACAACCUGACCGUUCUCUUCACGGAAAGCACUCAGGACCGCUUCGACCGCAUUCAGAGGGAUGGCGAGGACGAACGCUUGACCACCACCGCCCUGAUCGCGAACAUUGGCUAUAACAAUAGGAUAAACUGGCAAACCAGUCAUCUGACCCAUGUCCGGGAGCACAUCUUCCUCUACCAGCUCGUCAUGUAUCUGCACGUUCACUCCCUCCUAAAGUUUGGCUUCGAUCGGAAGCUCAAGCAGCUGCAGUCCUCUGGAAUUAUCGGCUACAUCGUCCACGACUUUGAUCGGCCCCAGUACCGGGUGCCACCAACGGAACCCCACGAGAUCUCUCCGCUCCCGUUGGAGGUCUUCUGCGGCCUUUACUUCAUCGCCACGAUUCUCCUGACUGCCGCUGUCCUGGCCUUUCUCGUGGAGCUACUCAGUGUGCGCGUGGCCUGGCUGAGGCGAUACCUGGUCUAG